AUGGUUUUUGCCAUUCAAGCAGUCAAUGAGAAUCCCCAGCUCCUGCCCAAUCUCACACUUGGCUACAACAUGCACGACAACUAUGUCAGCACUCUUGCUACUUCAGAAGCCCUGCUGGACAUCCUCUCUACUGGAGAAGCCAAUUUAAUAUUUGAAGGUCUACCAGGACCCAUUGAAGGGAAAGUCUGGAUUGUGGAAAGCAUUGAGUAUUUGGUAUUAGGAUGGGCACGUCUUUACAAAUAUGUCCAUAGCAUCUGGAGCUUUGCCUUUCAGGAAAAGAAAAGGCCAGAAGAUGAUCCUUUUGGAACCAAACUCUUUGUGAAAUUGGAAAAUCGGAAAUUGUAUUUGGACCAAAAUGGAGAUGUAGCAGCAGAUAUGAACAUCAUAAGCUGGGUGCUUCUUCCCAGGUGGGAUCCUAUUGACAAACAACUGGGGAGCUUUGAAAGGCAGAAAUAUAUGGAAAAAUGCACCAAAUGUCCAGAUGACAAAUAUCCAAAUGAGGGCAGAGUUCAAUGUAUCCCCAAAGUUAUAUCCUUCCUGUCUUAUGAAGAAUAUUUGGGCAUCCUCCUGGUCUUUUUUGCCCUAUUGCUGUUCCUAACCACAGGAUUUGUGUUAAACAUGUUCCUUCAAUACAAAGAAACUCCCAUUGUCAAAGCCAACAACCAGGAUCUCUCUUACAUCCUCCUGGUCUCCCUCCUGCUUUGCUUCUUGUCUCCCUUUCUCUUCAUUGGUCAACCAAGUAAAGCCACCUGCCUUCUCCAACAAAUGAUUUUCAGCAUCACCUUCUCAGUUGCCAUUUCUUCCCUCCUGGCCAAAACCAUCACAGUGGUGCUGGCUUUCCUGGCCACAAAACCAGGAAAACAGGUAAAGAUAUGGUUGGGGAAGAGCUUGGCCAACUCUAUCAUCCUUUCUUGUUCUGCUGUACAAGUUAUCAUCUGUUCCAUCUGGCUUGGAGUUUCUCCCCCAUUCCCUGAUACUGACCUCCACUCCCAGCCUGGAGUUAUCACCUUGCAAUGCAAUGAAGGCUCUGUUGUCAUGUUCUACAUCACCCUCAGCUACCUGGGAUUCCUGGCUGCCAUCUGCUUCAUGGUGGCUUUCCUAGCCAGAAAUCUCCCUGCGGCCUUCAAUGAAGCCAAGCUGAUCACCUUCAGCAUGCUGGUCUUCUGCAGUGUCUGGGUGAGUUUUGUGCCCACCUAUCUGAGCACCAAAGGAAAAUGCAUGGUGGCUGUGCAAGUCUUCUCCAUCUUGGCCUCCAAUGCUGGGCUGCUGGGCUGCAUCUUCAUCCCCAAGUGCUACAUUAUCAUUCUGAGGCCAGACCUGAAUACAAGGGAGCAACUUACAACAAGAAGAAAUAACGAAACGUGA